GUGAAAGAAAAAUUUAUUCCUCCGAGUACACUUUUCAUUCAUAGGAUCAUAGUGUUAUACCAGUGUACUAGGAUAAAACAGAGCAGAUCAUAUUUGUAAUCAUCAAAUUCGGACUCGACUCACUCCCCCCGUCGCUCUCCGGAAUCAGGAAGCUCCACUCGUCUCUCUCAUAUAUCUCCUUCUGCUGCCGCGCUCUGCAUUGUGUUCCUGGCUCCGACUCCGAUUUGUACCCUGUGAUGCUAAUAUGGCUUUUAAUUUCCACGGAUUUCAUGCAAUUUUCGCUGUUCUUACGGUUUAUUGUUUUGAUUCGGGACUUGUAUUGCAGUUUAUAAAGGAAGAUGAUGAGGUUACAAGCGUAUGCUGGAAUUAGUCUGAUAGCUACAUUGGCUGUUGUUUGUUAUGCGUUUAUGAGUAGAGGCCAAUUUUACCCGGCAAUGGUGUAUUUAUCGACCUCAAGGAUCAGUUUGGGGCUUCUGUUCAAUAUGAGGAUGGUGAUUAUGCUCAUCUUGUGGCAGCUGACUAAGAGAAUCUUCCUUGGAUCGCUUCGAGAGGCGGAGGUUGAGAGGCUGAACGAGCAGUCAUGGCUGGAAGUGAUGGAGAUUCUUUUUGCAAUUACUGUGUUCCGGCAAGACUUUUCGGUUUCACUUCUGGCAAUGGUCACUGCACUGCUGCUUAUUAAGGCUCUGCACUGGUUGGCUCAGAAGAGGGUUGAGUAUAUUGAAACAACUCCUACAGUCCCCGGGUUGUGCCACGUCCGCAUAGUCUCAUUCAUGGGGUUUCUUCUGGUUAUAGAUGGUCUCUUAUUGUUCAACUAUGUAGACUAUUUGGUAAAGACAAGGCAGGCUUCAGUUUCUAUCUUCUUUUCAUUUCAGUACAUGAUUCUUGCAACAACUGCCCUGUCAACUUUUUUGAAAUAUGUGUUUUAUGUAAGUGAUAUGCUUAUGGAAGGACAAUGGGAGAGAAAGGCUGUCUACACAUUCUACUUGGAACUUAUUCGAGACUUGCUCCACUUAUCCAUGUAUCUAUGCUUCUUCCUCGUGAUUUUUAUGAACUACGGUAUACCACUUCACUUGAUUCACGAACUUUAUGAGACAUUUCGCAACUUCAAGAUUCGCAUUGCUGAUUACAUACGCUAUCGAAAGAUCACUUCAAAUAUGAAUGAUAGUUUCCCAGAUGCUACAUCUAACGAGCUCAACACAAGUGAUGCCACUUGCAUAAUCUGCCGCGAGGAGAUGACCACUGCUAAGAAACUUACCUGUGGGCAUCUUUUUCACGUGCAUUGUCUCCGUUCAUGGUUAGAACGUCAGCACACCUGCCCUACUUGCAGAGCCCUUGUUGUACCACAUGAAGACGUGAUAAGAACUGCGGGAUCACAAACCAAUGUGCAACAAGGAACAAACAUUGAAAGUGCAUCCCAGGGUUCACAAGCUGAUUGCAUCGGUUUUGACAGCGUUAACCAGCAUCGAGCUAGGAUCCAAGCUGCCGCCACAGCUGCUUCAGUAUACGAGAAAUCUUUUGUUUAUCCUUCAGAAGGAAUGCAAUUACGGUUGUCUGGUCCCAUUCACAAUCCUUUAGACAGCUCUGUUAGUGUAAACUCAGGCCAAGACCAGUCACAACUAAAUCAGUUUAUGGCUAAAAAUGGCUCUCAAUUUCCAUGCUAUGCUUUUGCACCCUCCCAGCGUCGCAGUUCCAACUUGCAUCGUGUAGAGAAUUCUGACAACUAUAAUUGGGAUUCCCAACUCGAUGCUCACAAAAAACUUUUGGAACAACAUAUUGAGAUUCUGCAACACCAUCUUAUGCUUCUAAAGAAGAUAAAUACCGAGAGGGCAGUGGAUAAUCCAGGAGCAUCUUCUGGCAAGGCAAAAGCAGUUUGAUCAUCUCCAUCUAUGUCUGAAAUUUUCAACAUGAAUGUUCUUAAACCUUGCACAGCUCUAGAUGUCUUGAAGCAGUCAUGAGACAUAGGGUCCAGAUAGCAGGAAACGGAAACGGAACCCAGGAAAAUGCAAGAGAUACAAAACACAUACAAAUAUAAGUGUGAGUUUAUAAAUAUAUUUUUUCUGCCAAAA